AAUGUAUGGAUUAUGUCAUCCCUCCUUUAUAAGUUCACUACAUGGCGAUAGGUGACAAUAUUUAAACGUAUAAUAGCUCCAUACGGACGACAUGAUAUUUCGGGCAGUAUUACUUUGUGUUGUGUUAGGAGUAUCCAUCGCCUUCCCGGGGUACCAGCAAUACGUUCCUAACGGCCGAAAUGUCCCUAACCCGUGCCCUGGUGGAAAACGGACGUGGGCGGGUGUUGGGCACUACGACUCGCAUGGAGCAGGUGCCAGGAAUUUGUUUGGAUUGGACUUCGCCUCUUCUGCGCAUGUCUGGACUCGGGAUUUGUGUAUGGCCGAUUCCGAUUUAGACGGCGAGACGAAUGGAGUGGAACUAGGGGACCCGAACUGCGUAUGGACCUCUGGACAAACUCCUGAGGGACAGGCCACUGGUCAUCCAGGAAUCUGCGAACCAAUGAAUGAUCCAAAGUGUCUGUCAGUAAAUGUUAAUGUUGUGUGUUAAUAAAACAUAAAUUAAAAUUU